AUGGUCGAAGCUCGGGGUCGAGAAAACCCAAGACACGGUCUUCGGCCUCUGACUUCAUCACUCUCCACCUCUGGAUGGACGAUCGACAAUCGAACAAGACUGCCUCACUCGAGGACAAGAAACCGAGCACACCUCCUCCUCCUCACCAAUCAACCACCACAAUGCAGCAUAAUGCAAAAAGGGGGCGGACCGUCGUUUGGGGAGACGAAGAAGAGCUGUAUCGACGGACUCACCUGCAUCCUAUGUACCCCUUCCACAUCGAGGAAGCGGUACUUAUUUACACACGGACUGGACUCCUCACCGACUUGUGGUGAGCUCAGGGCUGCAGGCGGCAAGAGGCUGUCCAACAGGACACGAGCAGGAACGAAAAGGUCUCUUGCAUAA